AUGAGCGACGCUCCAAUACCCCUCCAAAACCAUGUUUUCCCACUCCAGAAUAACCCCUUGGCACCGCCCUCAACGAAAGGUCAAAACAAAAGACCUGCGGAUAUAGAUACGAGCGGUCUCUCGCGACGAACACCAGCAACGUCAGCAACGCUGUCGGGGGAAACAAAUGUGUGGGAAUGCGAGGAAUUCCUUAAGUCGCCAGAAAACAACGAGCUGUUCCCCUCCCCACCCGAUUAUGGGACAGGCUCCGAUCGACAAUUCAAAUCUAUGGUUUAUCGGCCCUUAUCCUUCUCGCUGUCGCUAUGUUGUCUAAGCUUGCUCUUUGCGGGUGCAAUUAUUUCGAAUAUAAAAAUAAGCUUCACACGGAAUCUACUACGGUUGAUACAAAUGGACCCGGAUUCAAAACGACCAUUCAUUAGAGAAGAAAAGCGGAGGGCGGAUUUAAGAGCCAGGGACGAACACAUCUGGAAAACUGAUUCCGAUAUAGAGACUCAAGCAGGAACGGAGUUUAUGCCUACAGAGGGCGGAGAAGAUCCAGUCCGGAAUGAUCUGCCAUACUACGCAAGAAGGGUGGGCUUGGAUGCGGAAGAAUUGACAGUUUGUACCGAAGAUGGCUUUCUCCUUACACUCACACAUAUAUAUGAUCCAAACGAAUAUACUCCGCUGACAGCUUUGCAACGUAAGGCUCGAGGGGCCGACAUUUUCACCGGCAAACCACCUUCGAGGCCACUUCCACAUCCUUCCAAGUUCAAGCCCAAAUAUCCGAUACUAAUGAUCCACGGGCUCAUGCAGGCUGCAGGUGCAUUCUGCUCGCAUGAUGAUGCCUCGCUUGCCUUUUAUCUUUGUAAAUCGGGAUACGACGUGUGGCUUGGAAAUAAUCGUUGCGGCUUCAAGCCCUCUCAUUCCUGGUAUAAACCUACAGAUCCUAGGAUGUGGACCUGGACCCCUCGUGACAUGGGCACUCGCGAUCUGCCAGCUCUCACUUCGCGAGUCCUCUCAGAAACCGGGUUCGACAAACUCGGACUCAUAGCCCAUUCUCAGGGCACGGCACAGACUUUUAUCGCUCUCUCCCGUACCCAACGACCGUCCCUUGGACUCAAAUACAGUGUUUUUUGUGCUCUAGCUCCAGCCGUCUACGGUGGCUCAAUUCUCGACAAAUGGUAUUUUAAAUUUGUUAGAAGCCUCCCGGAUUCUUUCUAUACGGCAUUCUUUGGCAUCCACGGUUUCUUCCCUGUUAUGAUGAUCGCUCAGCAUCACCUCAAUAGUCGACUCUAUGGCUGGUCGGCUUAUAUCAUGUUCAACUAUCUAUUCAAUUGGAGCGAUUGGAACUGGGAUCGCGCUUUACGCGAUCGUUCUUUUCAAUGUAGCCCCACCUACGUGAGUAGUGAGAGCAUGAGAUGGUGGCUAGGCCGUAAUGGAUUUGCUACCAACCGCUGUAUCCUCUCGACAAAAGCUGAACUCGCGGUCGAAGAGCUCUCUGAAUCCAACCCAAAUAUUGAAGCUUCUUCCAAGCCCUGGUUCGAUGCCAGAAUGCCACCACUCGCCCUCUUCGUUGCUGGAAAGGACCAUCUGGUCGACGGCCAAAGACUUAUGAACCGCUUUAAAUCGGGCAAGGAGCCGGAUACGAGGGUGCUUCAUAUGGGGUAUUAUAAAGAUUAUGAACAUCUUGAUGUUAUUUGGGCAGCGGAUGUUGUGGAGAGGAUUGGGAGAAAAAUUAGAAAUUUGGUUUGGAAGACUGCGGAUACUCAGGCGAGGGAGAGGUGCAGGGUUCCGAGGGGGUGCGAGGGGUUAGGGAGAUGGAUUGAUGAUAGGAGGGAGGCUUGUGGGAGUGCGGAGACUAGUGGGAGUGAUGGAGAGUGGGAUAUUGAUUAA